CGGCAGCCGAACAGAGGGAAGGAGAGAGAGAGAGAGGUAACCACGAAAAUAGGGGGGCUAGAAUAAAGGGAAAUUACGCGCGGAAACAGGAAAUCCUGACACAGUUUUUUUAUAUAUAUAUCGGGGUAGUGCGAUGUAGGCGGGAUUCAGUCACUAUCCUUGGGAUGGGAAAGUGGAUAACCGCCGCUUCUGAAACCUUGUUUGUGGAUGUUGGGAAUAACCGGGAUGGUUGUUGGAUUGUAACCUCGCAGCAGAAUGGGAACUAACAAUAGUCCUACUCAAUCUCGGACCGGCAGUAAGAAGCUCUCUGUAAGUGUGUGUGGGAUGUUGUGUCAGGGCUAGAGCCCCUUCUUCUCCCAUGAGCCUGUGGGCCCACACACACACACGGCGCCCUCACAAACACGCACGCAAUCGACACUGACGUUGUGAAGUGGACCCUCGUAGCCAGACCGGAGCAGAACCGGAUCGAACCGGCCGUUGGGCCGGCGGGGCGGAGCCUGAUGAUGUCAACAGAGGCGGAGCUACAGCCAGCUGUCAGGCCCAGCGUCAGGAGAGACUCCAGGAGGAAAGGGCAGGAUCGUAGCGAGGCCGGGCUAAUCAGGCGGUUUAAGGGGGAUGGCGUUCGCUACAAGGCUAAACUUAUCGGUCUGGACGAAGUCACGGCUGCACGCGGAGACAAACUCUGUCAAGACUCCAUGAUGAAGCUCAAGGGUAUAGCAGCGGCAGGGCGAUCGAAAGGAGACCACAAACAGAAGGUGUCUCUAACUGUCUCCUUUGGAGGGAUCAAGAUCUUCCAUGAGAAGUCUGGGGUCCUCCAGCACCACCAUGCUGUCCAUGAGAUCUCGUACAUCGCUAAAGAUAUCACGGACCACCGAGCCUUUGGCUACGUCUGUGGGAAGGAGGGAAACCACCGCUUCGUAGCUAUCAAGACCGCUCAGUCAGCAGAGCCAGUGAUCCUGGACCUUCGGGACCUGUUCCAGCUCAUCUAUCAGAUCAAACAGAGAGAGGAGAUGGAGAAGAAAGCCCAGAAGGACAAACAGUGUGAACAGGCUGUGUACCAGACUAUUCUGGAGGAAGAUUUGGAGGAUCCUGUCUACCAGUACAUUGUGUUUGAGGCGGGACACGAGCCCAUCCGCGACCAAUCAGAAGAGAGCAUUUAUCAGGUUCCGACCAGCCAACAGAAGGAGGGGGUAUAUGACGUCCCCAAGAGACACCCAAAUAUCAACCAAUUAGAGCUUUUCGGAGACAUCUCCACACUCCCGGACAUCUACUCCCCCUCGACCCCUGCCUCUCCAGCCAACACCCUGGACCCGUCUCUGGGCCUGCAGCCCCUCACAGAACUCUUCAACCCCUUCAACCCCGCCUCUGUACCCUCAGGUUAUGUGGCGAUGGGAGCGGUACCUCCAGGUCAGGUGUGGUCGCAACAGGCUUUUGCUGCCCAGGCAGGUCCUCUGUUUGGGGUCCAGUCCCCCCUGGGUCAGUCCCUCCCUAUAGCCCAGGUCCUGCCUGGAGGCCAGCCUCUCAUCUGGGGCCAGGCCAACCUCUUCCCUGCUACACAGCAGCAGUGGGCCGCCAUGACGGGAGCAGGGUUCCCUGCUACAGCCUACCUCCCAGCCCAGCCAGGAUCUCUGCCUGCCAUGUUCCUCCCUGUCAAUCAACCCUGCGACAGCCUAUCAUCUGCCAGCGCUGCCUCUAACCCCACCCCCUCAUCAGCCUCAAGUCCACAGCAUGCAGAGAGGCAGCGGCAGAAGAUGAGCAAGGAGAUGUUUAAGGACUUCCAGCUAGUGAAGCCUCCAGCCAUGCCUGCUAAGAUGGGGGACCAGCACCCCUGUCUAGCUGAGACCUCAGAGGCCUUCAGCUCCUAUUUCAGCCGUGUGGGGACCGCCACCGAUACAGACGACUGUGACGACUUUGACAUCUCUCAGCUCAACCUCACUCCUGUCACCUCCACCACUCCCUCCACUAACUCACCUCCGACCCCGGCCCCCAGACAGAGUUCUCCAUCUAAAUCGGCGGCGUCUCACGUUAGUGACCACAUUGACCACAUCAGUGACCCUGCCACAGAUGCCACCGACCCCUCCACAGAUGACUCGUUCGGUGAGGUCGAGGGCAGCCCCAGUCGAAGUGGAGAGGAGGACGCGGCGUGUCGGUCUGGGUCUCCUUGUCCCAGUGAGACAGCAGUUUCUAGUCCAGCCCAAACCAGUCCACCUGCCAACAGCUAGAUAGACGCUGGCUGGGUGCUGGGGGAAGGAUCUCUGUCUGCAGGGGAAGGAUCCUCUCUAUGCCCAGAUCAACAAAGGGAGGAAAUAAAGAGACUGAACACUGGACUGACCUACCAACGCUGACAAGCCAACCCCAUGUGUGUGUGCACGCACGUUCUCUUUAUCAGCCUUCGCCUCUGCCUUCUUUUUACCUAGUAAUUUCACCUUCCCCUCAUCCUUGUCUUUGCCCUUCACCAUCUCCUCCUCCUCCUUGACGAUGACUCUGGAUGCGAUGCCACCUGGCCCCUGGAGGGAGGAGAGGAGGGAGGUUCAAGCUACACACACCCUCCAGUGUGAGUUGGAGGGUGUGUGUGAUGUGGAGCUGAGGGAAGGAAGGCAGUUUGUAGGGCUGUGAGGAGGAGUCAGGACUUUAGGUUUCUCAGGGAGAGCAGAUUUGGUCCUGGGCUGCUUCAGCAGCAGAACUUCCUCAUCCUGGAACUUUGCCCUCAAGGACUUGAAGUCCAGAGAGUCUUCUUCCUAUCAGACAGAGAAAGGAGGGGAGGGGGGAGAGAUAGGUUGAAAACAGGUACCUCAUACCUGAAAAAGACUAAAGGAUAUUAAUAGAAUUUCAAAUCACAGGUUAUCAUUGAGCCCACUCUACAGAUGUAGGAUCACCCUGUUGCAGGAGAACUUUCCUGCAAUGCAGGGCAUUUUAAACUUGUAGUGUUUUUGAGGUUUAAAAAGGCUUCUGAAGUUUGUGAUUUCCACUUUGAAUUUUGACUUGAUUUUCCCUCACGAAAAAUGUAUCAACCUCUACAAAAAUGUAAUUCAUUAAAAUCCACAUAAUAAUUCACAUUUCCUGUUGUUGCAGGUUUAUUUUCCUGCUGUAGCAAACUGGCUCAAAUUAAGAUCUUACAUCUGUAUCUCUCUCUCUUUUCACAGUCUAAUUCAACAUGAGAUAAAACAAACUAAGUGACCGUAUCAUUAUUUUCAAGGUGGGGUGCACAACCCCCAAAGCAUCUUCCAGACGCUCUGGCAGCAAAACUGCCAAUAGAAACACAUAGAAGCCUAAUUCCUUUAGGUGAGAGCCUGGGGGCAAUAGAACUAUAGGUCAGGGGACCUGGGCUUGUGUGUGUGUGUGUGUGUGUGUGUGUGUGUGUGUGUGUGUGUGUGUGUGUGUGUGUGUGUGUGUGUGUGUGUGUGUGUGUGUGUGUGUGUGUGUGUGUGUGUGUGUGUGUGUGUGUGUGUGUGUGUGUGUGUGUGUGUGUGUGUGUCUCAUCUCAAGCAGCAGCCUGGCAUCCCCUCUUACAAAGGAUGGAAUGCGCCAUCUCCUCCCUCUACUCGCCUUUCAUUCUCUCUCUCUUUCUCUCCAUCAAACAUUGCUAGAGACUAUGCUGCCAAAGGGUGACUAGGCCAAGCGUUGUCUCCUUUCCCAACACACACACAGCGGUAUCAGACAUGGACAGAAUUAGUGUCUGUAGCAAGUGGAUCCUGGUAUGGACUGGUAUGCUGAGAUCCUUAUUUCUGAUUGGCUGGUUUAUUGGGAUCUUGACAUCUGAUUGGCUAUUUGGGUGUUUUGCCUUUAUGUGAGUGUCUGCUGGAUCACUAUGCAGAAACAGACUCUCUGGGAGCUGCUCUCACACACAGUGUUUUUCCAAAUGUCUCUUCUCAGAGGGAAUGGGAAGGCUUCAAAGUGAAUGGACACUGAGGCAUGGAUGUUGCCAACCUAACAGGCAUCGCCUGGCAUGAACGAACAUUGCCAAACUAUCGGAUAGUGCCGGACUUCGGAUGUAUGUUGCCAAACUAACUGAUUCUGUGAAUGAAUUGCUCAUUCUCUAUAAUAGCUUUUGUACAAUAUGGAUUAAAACAGACAAACGGAAAUGUUUAUUUUAUAAGUCAAUCAAGCCGCUGGAGUCAGCUCUCCUGGAGUUAUACAGUCACAAGGCUUUAAGAGACCUGAUUGUCGAUUUGCCAAACUAAUUUUGUAAAUUAUAAUAACAAUGAUCAUUCUGUCCACAGACUUCUGUGCCAUAAAAUAGGCAGGCUUCAGUUAUGCAACCAGAAGGUAUCAAGCAAUACCAACAUGUCUGUAUGUCUAGGUUUCUGUUGCUCUCUCUCAACCUCUGUUGUUCUGUCUAUGAUCCUAUAAGUGUCUUUCCCUAACACAGCCCUUGUCUAUACUGCAGCCCUUUAUUAUCAAUAUCCAUGCUUAUCAACAGCCAUGUUUAUCAACAUCCAUGCUUAUCAACGUCCAUGUUUAUCAACAUCCAUGUUUAUCAACAUCCAUGCUUAUCAACGUCCAUGCUUAUCAACAUCCAUGCUUAU